AUGGCGAUCCCGGUCGCCCGCGUGCAUCUCGCCAUGGCACACGCGGCUCUCCCAGCGCUGCUCCCAACCCCGCCCAAGUGGAAGAUGCUGCCGCUGCUCCCAACGCCGUGCGUCGCCGCCAUCGUCCCGAUGCCGCUCGCCAAGCCCAGCCGCGCCGACUCCGGCGAGAGGUGGGACGCGUGCAAGAUCAAGCCGGCCAGCGCAGAACCCUCAGCCGCCUCCUCAUCAUCAUCAGGCCCUCGUUCCGCGGACAGCGUCAUCAACAGCAAGUGGCCGAUCAGUCGAGCGCUGGGACGUGCACAAGGAGCGUCGCCCGCCGCAGGCCGACCAGCAGCUUGA